AUGAACCGAAGCAACAUCACACACUUUGUCCUGUUUGGUUUUUCAGAUCUAUCAGACAAACAAUUAAUGCUCGCUAUUAUAUUUCUUGUUGUCUAUCUAAUUGCACUGACUGGAAAUGUAAUAAUUAUCUUACUGGUAAAAUGUGACUCUAAACUCCAUAACCCAAUGUACUUUUUCUUGGGAAACUUGUCCUUUAUUGACAUCUGCUUUAUCUCCACUACACUCCCAAAAUUUUUAGUUAACUAUUUUUCAAGCAGAACCACAAUUUCUGUAACUGCUUGUAUUACUCAGAUGUAUUUCUUUUUCUUUAUUGGAAAUACCGAGAUUCUCCUAAUGACAGUGAUGGCUCUGGAUCGGUAUGUCGCCAUCUGCAAGCCACUGCAUUACACUGUUGUUAUGAGCUGGAAGACUUGCUACAUGCUGCUUAUCUCUUGUUGGGCGACAUCUUCUCUUCAUUCACUCAUUUAUAGUCUUAUGACAUCAAGGUUAUCAUUUUGUGGUUCAAACAUUGUGAGACAUUUCUUCUGUGAUAUUCCUCCAAUUCUUCAGAUAACUUGCUCAGACAUUUCUGUGUUCAGACUUGUAAUUUACACAGAAGGAACACUGAUGGUUGGAGGGACCUUUGUAGCAAUACUGAUGUCCUAUGUAUACAUCUUUAUAACCAUAUUAGGUGUUUCCUCUUUGGUCCAUCAAAGGAAAUUGUUCUCCACUUGUUCUUCUCAUCUGACUGUUGUUUGUCUUUUGUAUUGCACUGAUUUGUUCACGUACAUGAGGCCUUCACUGAGUUCCAACUCAUUGUAUAACCAAGUAGUGAGUGUCAUGUACACCGCUAUAACACCAAUGGUUAACCCAUUCAUUUACAGCCUAAGAAACAAUGAUGUUAUACAAGCCUUUAAAAGGCUCAAUGGUAGUAAAUAA